UUCUUGUCCAUCGGACUAGUGUGCUCAACCCAGCGGAGUCAUCUCUCGCUCUCGCAUCUAAGCCGCAUCGUGCAUCGUUCAGAACUCCGAGCGGGGUUCAGCCUCUCACACAAACUGUGUCCCAACAUCCCUUUGGACCACUACUACCGGAGCCGCGAUCGCAAUGAUCAUCAUUCAUAUAUGCACCGUCCGCUCCGUUGGAGCACUGCGCCCUGCUGUACUACCCUGCUGCUGACGGAUUCCCGCUCGCUCAGCCGUCGACGAGUGGAUGUCGCCCAAGGCACCGGCAGUCACACUUACACCAGCGCAAGCUGUAUAAAUUCUGAUCAACCGACAUCUGGCAAUUUAGUUGCAGUCUGAUAUUUCAUACGAACGAUUGGAGACAAUCUGCUACGAAGAACGAACCUUUCUCGGCUGUGCUGUGUGCGUCAGAAGAUGAUGUGCUGUGCUAUGCUGUGCUGCUACAAAACAACAAAAAACAUUUAAGUGCAAGAUUGUGUUUCCUGUGUAUCAAAGUUCUGUGGUGUGCCCAAUUCUUUGGCACGCUCUUCCAGGGGGAUCAGUGAACCGAUUAAGUACAGCGAAAGUUCUCCGCGCUACCCGCAACGACGCAGAGUUCGAUCAGUGCCCGUGAUUGCCCCGUGCAUUGUUCGGGGGUUUGUUAGAACGGAUGUUCGCUUGCGUGUGGGUCUGCUGUGUGCGAGUAAGGCCUCCGUGUUCCAGGUGAUCGCCUGAGGAAGUGACAGCCGACAGGAAGCGGCAACCGAAACUAAACCCGAAGUCAGUGAUAGUGAAGGGAAAUUGCAUUAAAGCAGGAUUCAGUGGGUCACUGGAUUUUAGCCAUAGUGAUCGGUGAUCCCAAUACGCCCCCUCGAAGUGUCUCAUCAUGCACAGGCUGAUAGUGCUGCUAUUGCUGUUGGCACUGCAAAUAGCGCACCAUCGUGCGGCCGGAAAUGGUACGGUUCUAUUAUUGCUUUGCUCUAUUUUCUCUUUCCACUCACGUUUAACACAAACACACACGCAUUUAUACAUACGGACCACACGACAAAAGUGGGUGUGUUCCAGAACGUUUGUUCACGCUGUCCGUGUCGAAUUUCCAACGGUACGUCACGAACCCGAUCGUCGGAUCGUCCCGGGUCCGAUUACCCGGACGGAUCAGUUCAGGAAAUGCAACAAGCGCAAACAUCCAUUUAUCCAAUUGCGCAUUGCCGCUUCUGUAUGUACGUCGGUAUGGUAUGUUACUGAGCAAUUUCACUGCCACAACACCCACCCACCACUGAUGCAACGCCAAUCGCCAUUCUCGGAGCACCGCUGCCCCGGGCACUGGUAUGGGGGCAAUGUGCAUUCGGUUCCCGCAUUCGUAUUCAUCCCUCUUAUGUUGGUAGAACCCAAAGCUAAACAUCUUCCAUUCGACUCGUCAAGCUCAAUCAGUACACGUGCGUGCUUUAAGUACAGCUACGUCGUCUUCCACUACAAGCAUUCUCGUUCGCUCGCUCGCUGAAAUAACGGGAUUUCAAACCCGUUCCGUCUUUGCUAUUGCCUACUAGACACAACACCAUACAACCAAUCUGAGUGGAGCAAACAAGGUUCGCCAAAACCACGUUUUCAAAACAGCUGGUUGCUAUGUGGGAGCGUGAGUAUGUGCGAGAUUGCAGAGGUGUGAUUUGUCGGGAAGAAGAAGGCCGCCAGUGGGCGCAAAAUAAUCAAAUAAAAGUGACCGCGCGCCGCCACGUCUCCGGCGAUACGCGACGAUCUGCCCGAUCCCAAAAGGGCAGUGACGAAAUCGGUGACGAUUAAGCCGGGCCACAAUCGCGCGCGCUGUAGUUCCCGGCUCCGACUUCCCGGAUCCUAGCUUUUAGCUCAAGCGACAAAGUAUAGUGAACUCCCUUAUUUUCGCCUCGCGCGUGUCACUGUGUGUGAAACUUAUACCCGGGCAGCAUCCAGUCAUCGUCGUCGUAGGGAACGACGUUGACGAGAACCAGAAGCUGUCACGUUAAGGUCAAAUGAAAAACAAUUUAUGUAAAAUCGCAAUUGAAAUGUUUAAACAUAACAAAGAAAAGAGUGUUGCACAUAGCUCGAAGAUGAGGAUGAUGAUAUUAGUGAGGGUAAUGAUGAUGAUGAUGAUGAUCAUGAUGAUAGGGGCAUGUGUAAAGACCGCCGAUGAGUGGUGUACGUGACAACGCGCUAGCGGGGGCAAAUCAUGUCGUCAAUUAAUGGUCAUCUUUUAAAGGGAUCACCCACAAGAACAAUGGCACUGUUCUCAGGAGUGUCUAUGCAAAGGUCACGCACCACAAUGUGAGCACAGAUUGUGAAACACUGUUUAAGCACUAUUGGAUUACAUUACACACUUCUCUGGGGGUACAUGUUUUUUUUCGUUACGCCGCUGUAAGCUCCACUUGGUCUACGCGAUAAAUCGCGAAACCGUGCGCUUUGAUAACAUCUUGACGCAAACACCUUCACACACUGGUACCUUGCAAGCAGUGUGGAGCCAUUACUCAAGCGCCACAUCUCUCGCCAUCAAUACCGUUUACUGACACUAAACCGAUCGAUAUUUACACGCCCGCUGACCUUCAAUCCUGAUGCGAUCUGCAAUCGCCGUAUGGCAAAUAUGUUUUGCUGCACCACCGCCACCGAUGCGCGGUUGGAGUUGGUUCUAUUGCGACAAUUUCUCAUUACAGCUGUGGAACGCAACUGUGUUGUACCUUUGAAGCCGGACUGGUCCUACUCUUCGCCGCUGAUUUUCACACAGAACGGAGUGUUGGUUUCGCCCGAGAAUGAUAGUUACGAUGUGGAGGACAUUACGCUGGCCACCGGCGAUGAGGUGGUGCUCUCCUGCUCUCCAAACUACUUUCGCGAGUUUUCUUCCGAAAAGGUACUGUGGGCCCGGUGUAAGAAGGAUAAAACGUUUGUCAACGAUGCGGACAAGAACUUUGUAUCGGCGUUGUCAUGCAAGGAGCGACCAAUUGAGGAGAUCAUCGUCUCGGUGCGUGGCUGUCCGGCAACGUUACGCUCGAUCGAGUACGGCUUCACCAAUCCUGUCACCAACAAAUCCUACAUUCUCGGCGAGGCUUGCUACGACGUUAAAGUCGGCCGCACCCAUUUCAUCCACACGAAGGUAAAGUCCGGCACCAACAGCAUCGAACAGCUAGCACUCAAAGUAAAGGACAACGUGACUUACUUCCAUGGCUACCAUCCGACGCAGCGCUACAAGGUGGACCUCAGCAAGGCGCUGAACAUCAACGAUCAAGCAGAACGCUUCCGACCCGUCUUUGGGCCGAAAAAUGCGCCCAAAAUCGAGGCCCGCCGGUACGUUAACGAGGCGCUGCUCACCCACCGACAGUAUCUUUCAGUAUUAAAGAUGGCCUGGAACUAUCAGAUCGUUAAGGAUCGCGAUCAGCUUCUGAACCUCGACCGGCUGGUGCAGGACAUACGCGGCCUCGAGGUGCCCGAGGUGGAGAUCUACACCGGAGCACAUGGCGUCAUGACGCUGCAGGACAAGCACAACCAGAGUGCGGAGGUGUACCUAGUGCGCGAGAACCGUUUCCCGGUACCGCAGCUACACUGGACGGUGGUGCGUUCGCAGGAGCGGGCAGUUGCCUUUGCCGUCUUUGGGAAGGCACCACAGACCGAGCAGGAGCGCGAGCGGCGCACUUUCUGCAUGAGCCAGUGCGAGCAGAUCUCAUGGCUGAAGAAGCUGCACGAAAAUGACGCAUGGCAGGAGGCUCGAGCCGGGUUCGUACUUUGCUGUGAGCUGGAAGAGUUUCGCCGUACGGUCAAGGAGAUGCCCCAGGUCACUGGGGUAAAGGCUGUGCUCGUGUAGGGCCCGGUGUUAUGCGACUAAUUGUGCUAUUGUAGAAAUCGAAGCAACUCCACAAAAAGGAAAUGAUGCAGCUUAAUUCGAUUGAAUCUCCUGUUCAGAUACCCGUCAGAACACGCCAUCACAUAACAACACAACAGUGGCAGCGGGUUUUGAUCGAACAGACCAACAGUACAGCUAUUCGGGCGGGCUAAGCGAUAAGGAACUGUUUUACUCUCUAUCGAUUGAUUGCUGCUGCUAGUACUUCCACAGCUACCACAACAACUACUAUGACUACUUCUUCUGAAGUCUAUCCGACCCUGCUCGAAGCACGGUGUCGGUAUUGUGAUUUGAGUUCACUUUGUGUGUAUGUGUGUAUUGUUUUAAAUUAAAACUCUAGCUCUUAGUAUGUAGUAUUUAAACAAAACAAAAAACAAAACAAAAAACAACACAUGAACAGAACUAGCAUUGCGCAAAUAAAAAGUACAAUUCGUUUAGUGUGCUUGAAACGUGAA